AUGGGUUCCGCCCCGUCCCGCCUGCCCUCCGCCUCCUCCCCACCCGCCAGCCGCGCGCUCCAGGACACCCUCCAGUCGCGCAGCCCCUUCCUCCUUUUCAUCGUCGUCCUGAGCAUCGUCCUCCACCUCGGCUUCUUCUGGCAGCGCGCCCUGCAGUGCUCCGCGGGCGUCCAGGGCUCGCCCUCGCGCCCCGCCAGCGACCGCAUCCUGACCGGCCUGCGCGAUGUGGACGCCAAGCUGGACGCGCUGUUCGCCAAGAGGUCGGCCAGCGACGCGGCGGCGGUGACCAGCCUGGUGGUAGGCCUGCGCGCACAGCUCAACACCUUCCUGGCGGAGUACGAGAGCCAGGGGGAGGGCCAGGAGGGUGGAGGGAGGAUCGGGGCGGGAUUGACCGACGGGCAUGGCGCGGCGAGGAAGACGGACGACUUGGGCGGGAGGAUUUUCGUGGGCGUCUUUAGUGGAAUCACUGACAGGGGAAAGCUGGUGGACGCAGAGGAUGAUCCAGAGACACAGCUGCGCUAUAAUUAUGCAAAACGGCGACAGUCCAUCAGAGAUACAUGGUUUCCUGCGACUGGGGAGGACCACAUCCAGAUGCAGAGGGAGCUUGGAAUUACAAUGCGCUUCAUUAUUGGCCACAGUAAUGAUGCCGAAGAGGAGAGACAGAUAGCAGAAGAGAAUGAAGAGCACGGUGACAUCUUGAGGCUGCCGAUCGUUGAGUCUUACGAUGGGCUUGCCAAUAAGACAAAGAGUUUCUUCAGCGCUGUCAUGGCAGGCUACAGUCCUGACUGGAUCGUCAAGAUCGAUGAUGACAUCUACCUAAUACCUGAUCGUCUGCAGGCAGCUACCAAACAAUGGAAACGCAUGGGUGCAGGGUACAUCGGCUGCAUGAAGCAUGGGGAUGUCUGGAAAUAUGAGGGCACACGCUGGUUUGAGCCACAGCAUAUACUGCUGGGCAGUGACUACUUCCUGCAUGCAUAUGGCAGUCUCUAUGUCAUGUCAAGGCAGGUCGUUGAGAAGGUCAUCAUCAGGAACAUGGACAACCUCAGAAUGUUGGCCAAUGAAGACACUUCUGUGGGCGUGUGGAUGCUCAGCCACAACGUCACCCAUUUCGAGGACAUGCGGUUGUGCUCUGAGGAUUGCGCAACAGAGGCCAUUGGAAUCAGGAAGAAGGACUGCAUGGGUCUAUGCAGCCCUACGAAGGACAUGUACAUUGCGCACCGGACCAAAUCUUGCAGGGAGGAGGCCACAGAUCCGUUACCCUACAUGCCAUCCUAUCCUGACCAUGAAAUGUUUGAGAGCAUGUGGGUAUGA